AUGCACACCAACUCCCCACCCGAACACUGCUCCCACUUCAGCACCUUCUUCACCACCAACUGCCUCACCCAAGUCCGCAGCAUGCGCGAACCAGUUCUCCACGGCCGCUCCGCCGCAAUCUCCGACCUCAAAGAACGUCUAAACUACUGGCACCUCGACGAACCCCGAAUCAUAUCGCGGACCACAAGCGAUGAUGGGAUGACCGUAAUUCUCGAGAUGGCGAACAAGUUAUCAAUUCUUGGAGAUGUUAUUGAUCCCUUUCCCGAGACGGUUGUGGCGAGGUUUGACGAGGGGGGAUGCAUUGAGAGUUUGAAGGGUUAUAAUUGUCAGAGUCCCGUGGUGUAUAUUGUGCAGCAGAAGACGGGGAAGGGGCCGUAUACUGAGGCGGAGUUGGGGAUGGAUAAUGAUUUGAAGUAUAAUAUUCGUAGGAGUGAGGGGGAGGGGUGCUGUGCGUGA